UUCAAAUACAUAAUCAUUCAGCUGCUUUUUUCUCGUUUUUACUUGAAGGAGACAGCAGUAGGAUAGGCUAUCUAGGAUCUAAUCCUCCAAAGUGCUGGAGUUUGCGGACUUCUACGACGUAACGUCUACAGGUAGAGGUCGAGGAACUUACCAAAAUGUUGCCUCGGUAUCUCUUCUGGCUUGUCAAUGUCAUUGCAGCUGCAUUGUGCAAUGCCAGUCCCAAAGAUGGCCAGGCGUAUUAUCCUGGCGACACGACACCUGACUUCAACCUACCAACACUAAGUGGUGUGAAUUUCAAUGGUGUUGUACACGGGCAAAGGCUACCUGUGGUGUUCUACAGAUAUGACGAACGCUCGUUAUUUAUUUUGGCCGAAUGGCACACCGAGUCUUCUGUGGAGGAUUUUGUAAAACAUGCCCCCAGAACCACCCACUUCGUCUUCAUGGCAAGUAAGAAUGCCAAAGAGGUUGCACCGUUCCUGAAUUCAAGUUUGGUAUUGGCAUCGGCUGGCGAUAAACAGCUGUUGGAUAGGUGCCAUAUCAUACCUGUGGAUAUUGGAGACCUGGAUGAUAAGUGGAUUGGAGAAGUAUUCCAGCAGUGGAAGUGUAUCGACCAUGGAUGUGGCUCUGACAGCAUCAUAUUCACACAAGGCAAAGAGACUGCUUCGAUACCUCGAUUGGAUGCUCGAUACGACUUUGUUCCCGAGAUUAUUCAGCUUGGUGCGAAGUCUUUCCCUGUAGUUCAUGCUGAUACAUGUCACCAGUCAGUGCAACCCAAGAUGGAGGUGCGUGCACCGGGCAGUUUUGUGCCAGCACCCUGGCUUGUAAACAAAGACUGGAAAAUGCCAGCUGCUGACCCAUCUGCCAAUUAUUCCGGUCAGUUCAUACUCACCUCUUCAACAGGCUGUGACCAGCUUACUAAGCUGCAAUAUGCCAAGCAGCAGGGUGCAGCUGGUUUGAUCAUCUAUUCCGGGAAGCAGGCCACAGCGGUGAAUGAGAUAGUGUGCCACAGCGAAAGGGAAUGCAACUUGGGACCUGGUUUAGUGCCAGCUACUGGCAUUUCUUACGACUCGGUGGAUACUGUGCUGGAAUUGCUAAGCAAGGGCCCUGUCACACUGACAUUCAACAAGACUGACCUUCCUCAUUUCUACUUUAUGUCCGACUACUUUGGUAAACUAGCGGAAGGUGGUUGGUUUCUUUACCCAUCACUUAUGUUCCUCGACUUUGAAGCACAUUGGUUUGACUACACAGCAAGACUAGACCGGCGCUUGAAUGCGCCAGCGAAGACCAUUCCGCUCAUUCCUCUUCAGGAAAUGCACGGCCCAGCGGGAGCCAAUGUUACUGUUUCUCUCCCUUCAUUUGAGGACUUGCGCAAGUACCAGCUGGUGGAGCUGCACACAUCGUUUUCUUGUCCUGGUCGUUUUGAUCUGGAUUGUGCCAUUUGGGACCGAACUGUGGGAUUGUCAAUCUGUUGUACGGGACAAGAAGCACCUUUCUGUGACUAUGAGCUUGGAAGAUGGAUCACACCGUUCAGAAGGCGUAUUGGCCAUUGGCUGACAGAUGUAACACCACUGUUGCCCUUAUUGAAGUCUACGAAUGGCAAGUGUAGCCUUGCAAUGCGUACUGAUCCUUGGGCACAACCCUGGAUGGUUAGUGUCAGCUUGCGAUUGCAGCAUGCUGUGCCCUCGUGCAAGUCUGGAGAGCCAUGCCUCCGAAACCAGCAGCUAUUGGAAAGGACCGUGGUUGAUGAGAAUGGUGCUGCGCUGGCUCCGGAAUCCAUGAUAUCUGUCAUGCAGCACGGUGCUGCGUUUGACAAGCACUACAACAACCGCUCGGCGGUGGCGUUCACCGUACCUGCCGGCACACAUUCUGUGCGUCUCGUAUCUGUGAUCACCGGGCAUGGUUCCGAUGAGAAUGGCUGUGGUGAGUUCUGUGUCACUCAGCAUGUAUUCACGGUCAACGGUCAACACAACAACUCCAUUGAGUUCAACACGGCCGGUACACCACUCGGCUGCGCUCUCAACGUACCCAAUGGUGUUGUGCCCAACGAACACGGUACUUGGUUGUAUGGCCGCGAUGGCUGGUGUGACGGGCAGGAGGUAGACCCUUGGGUUGUGGAUAUUACCAAUCAGGUCAAGAUGGACGGCUCCAAGAAUACUGUCUUCUAUCAGGGAUAUUUCAAUGGUAAAACGCCGAACCCUGAGCAGAACCCAGGGUACAUGGCCGUGUAUAGUGAGCUGGUGUUUUACUCUACUGUCUAGACACACCUGCUGCUGCUGUGCAUUGAUUAUUGACUUGAUCAUUGUCAACCAAAACUCUAUGCUUUACGAGCAGCUUUAUCCCUGUCGCAGGACACGGCACAUUGUCUGUGCCCAAUAGAAUGCACGUGCUGAUUUUGAACAACUCCAAUUAUUAUUUGGGAAGUUCUGAACAGUGCACUUGCUAGAAUGCAAGCAAGACUUUGAACAGUGCAUUAUUUAGUGCACUGUGUUUGCAUGCUAGUCUGUUCCCUGUCCGUGCCUGUCUCCAACUUUGGUUACUUUCAUAACGUCUUUUUUUUCUCUUGAAUUUCGAAUUUCAUUUCAAAAUUAAUGCCUACCAACCGAUCAAAGCACCGUUCCGAGCCUCAACUGAAAACAUGUGCUGUGUGUGAAAGUGUCCCUUAUAUUGCUGUUCCUGUUACAAUGACCAUGCUGGUAUGUCGGAAAGUCACAGGAAUAGUUUGGUGUGCUGGCAGGGUUCCCUUCUGCAGCUGUCCCGGGUCCUUUGCCUAGGCAUGGGUGUAUUUAUUCAAAUAAUCGAGUUCCCUCAGUUGACACGAGGGAAUGUAUUAUUGCUCCUUCACAUUCUUGUACUGAGCAAGCCGUGCGUUCAACAUCCACACUAAAACAUAUUCUGGGCCGAACGGGUAAUUUUCUCAGCGGGCAUUAACUUAAGUCUUUAUGUAUUCUCAUUUUGGAUUUUGAUGAUGCAUUUUCAUUUGCCCAUUGCUUUGUGUCUUAUAGCUACAAUGACAUGUCCAUAGCAACAUUGUAAGUACACUUGAGCUCAUUUUGUUAUCAUGUGCUGGAAUCCAUCAUGACAUUGUUUCACCUGA